GCUUGUGCCAUCCCAUGAUUAUUAAACUAUAUACUUACGAUGCAAUGCAUCGUUGGAAACCAUUCAGAUUUCUAUAAAAAGGAAGAGAAAGCCAAACAACAAAUACAAUCGUUAAGUUAGUUCUAGUAGUACUACAACCUCUCUCUCUCUCUCUCUCUCUCUCUCCUCUUUCCAAGAGUGAUGGCAAAGGUUGAGUCUGAUCUCUUAUCUCCCACAUGGGCUGGAGAAAAUGGCUACUCUUCUGGUUAUUCUUCUGAGAAGAAACUCAAGUUAUUUGGGUUUGAUUUGAACCCAUAUAGGAAUGAUGAGAGCAACAACCUGAAAGGCUCUGCGGAAGGAGAUGAAAGUGUGAACUCUUCAUCCACCACAGUUUCCUCUGAGAGGGAUCAAAAACCUGAUUCCAAGGAGAGAAGCUUAGCUGGGAGUAUAACUCCAGAUGACAAAAAGUUCGAGUGCCAAUAUUGUUUCAAGGAAUUCGCAAAUUCACAGGCAUUAGGAGGUCAUCAAAAUGCCCAUAAGAAGGAGAGGAUGAAGAAGAAGAGAUUGCAGCUUCAAGCCAGAAAAGCCAGCAUCAACUGUUACCUUCAACCUCUGCAAAACAGCCAUGGUUUUGCUUCCAACGGCCCUGUGCCUUGGUUUUAUAGUCCCUCAUCUUAUACUCCUCAUGAGUUCACAAUCUGUGAUGAAUCUCAGAUUUGUUUCAGCCCCUUUGAUCAGGAUCAUGCCCGUCAUAAUGGGUCUCAGUUAUCAAAGUGGCUUUCCAUGCCUACUCAUAUAUCUUUCCAACAAGAUUCAAGUGCCUUCACUUUAACACAGAGUGACAGAUCCGGAGAGAACAGGCCUAUUCAUGUCUUUCAUCCUUCCCCUUUGCCCGCUCCUAAGAAAAGCUGUAAAUCUCUGGAUCUACAGUUGGGCCUGCACAGGCAAGAAAACAUACGAAGCUCCUCUAGACGUGGCGUAUAGAUGUCUCAAUAUACAUAUAUAUAUAGGUUAUAUAUAAUGCGAUGUCAUCUCCAUUGGCUUUAAUUUUUUAGGACUUUCAAGAACUGGAAAAUGAUAUGAAACUUCGUUAUAAUCUCAAUACAGCAACUGCCAAUUAUAACGCAACUCUGUCUUGAAUAUCAAACCAAGACAGAGAAUCGCGAUCGGCUCGGGCUCGAGCAAGUCAGUGCUCACAAACUGAAAACCAAGGGCCAAGGCGAAACCGGCAAGCCAGGAAGACAGAUUUUCUUUGUUUCGAUGACUAGUUUCAUCUCAUGUAUACUGUACUAGAUCAAGUGUAGAGCUGAUGAUUGAGAAAAUUAAUGUUCUUUUUCUAUGAACAGCACCUAGAACUUGGGAUUUUUAUUGUGAA